AUGGCAGCCAACCACUCGUACUACCCGCCAAACGUCGCCAUUGACGGCUACGUCGCCAACACGCUGUCGACGGUGCAGAUUCUCGCCAUCUUCACCACGACGCUCGCAUCGAUCCUGGUGCCCUGCUUCUGCCUGAUUCGCCGCGCACGCCCAUCCAUUCCCACGGCGGACAUGGCCACAGCGUUGUGGUUUGUUCUCUGCGGUGUCAUUCAUCUCGGCCUAGAAGGCCAUUAUGCCCGCCAUGAGCACCACAUUAGCGCCUCCACGCAUGUCCUCUCCCAGCUCUGGAAGGAAUACUCCCUCUCCGACUCGCGCUACCUCACCCGCGACAGCUUCCUGGUGUGCAUGGAGAGCAUCACCGCCUUUCUCUGGGGCCCUCUCGCCUUCCUCUGCGCGUACGGCGUCGUCCGCGACAGCCCGUGGCGGCACCCGGCCCAGUCCGCCCUCUCGCUCGGCCAGCUCUACGGCGACGUCCUCUACUACGGCACCUGCACCUACGAGUUCCUCGUCUACGGGCUCGAGUUUUCGCGCCCGGAACCGUACUAUUUCGUCGGGUACUAUGUAUUCCUCAACGCCUUUUGGAUUGUCAUCCCGUCCAUCCUGCUGUUCUCGAGCGCGCGGGAGACGACCGGCGCAUUCGCGGCGCUCAAGAGGAUCAAGUCUGCCGCUAAGAAUCAAUAG